CGGCGGCAUACCUUCUCGAGCACAUACACGACCAUGGCGACGUUCCAAACCCUUCCCACUUCCUCGUGGGCCGACGAAGUUGACGACUUCGAAGUGCCGGUGCCUGUUGCUGCCCCUGCCGCUGCUGCUCCGGUUCGCGAAGUUGCCACCCGCGUGGAAUCCCCGCGCCGCUUGACGUCCCCCCGUAACAGUCGUCCAGGUCAACAUGAUGACUACGAUGCACCUGGUCAUGGUGCACGGGGACGUCGCUACAGUGGCGACAACUUCGACAGGCGCGACAAGCUUCCUGUGCCCGACGUCGGCCCGUUCAAGAGCUAUGUGGGUAACUUGCCAUACGCUGUCCAUCCAGACGAUCUCGUCGACUUGUUCGCCGGGUGCAACAUUCAAGACAUCCGCCUCCCACAGGACCACUCCGGUCGCCCCAAGGGCUUUGCGUACGUGGAGUUCGGGGACCGCGAGUCGUUGAUGCGCGCACUCGAGCUCGACGGCGAGACGUUGAACCAACGUACAAUUCGCGUCGACGUCGCCGGUGAUAGAAAGGGUGGCCGCAACGACAAUGGAUUCUUUCAUAAGCGCGAUGGCGGUGAUCGCUACGGCGGCGAUCGCUACCAACGCGAAGAUCGAUAUGGGCGUGACGACCGAGGCCCACAACGAAGCGAUGGCCACUGGGGCGCUGACCGCCGUCGUGAAAACCGCGGAGAUCGCCGCGCCCCUCGUGACGACAUCGACCACCAACCCACUGCCCCUGCCGAACGACCCAAAUUGACGCUCAAGCCCCGCACCAAGUCCAAAGAAGACGUCGUAGAAGGCGGUGCGCGACCGGCUAAUGUUUUCGGCGACGCCAAGCCUCGCGAUGAGACCAAAGUCAAAGCAUCUGCCGACCGACCUGCUGCGAUGGAUGCCCGCCUAGAGUCUGGCGAUCGACGGUUCUUUCGUGUUUUUGUUGUGAAAAGAACUCAUGGACGUGAUCAGGGACCAAGGCGGUCGUGGUGGCCGUGGCCGUGGUGACAAGGGUGGCCGUGGCGGUGAACCCACCAAGCCGAGCCGAUCGGAUGGCGACUGGGGCCGCGGAGGUGCUUCCACUGCAACAGCUUCCACAGAGGACAAGAAGACUAAGAAGCCCCCCAAGGCCGAGAAAGACAUUACCAAGGCGGCGAUGUUCAAGCCAGUGGCGGCCUCGACCAAGGUGGUGAAUGCGUUUUCGCUGUUGAACGACUCGGACUCGGAUUAGUCGCAGUAGUAGGCACAGUUGGGCGGUGGAUAAUUGUACAACAUGGAACAAAACGAA